GUCACUUUCCAGUCCUAUUCUUUAAACAUAGGAUGAGAUAUGUAGUAAUUUAAAAAGCAAAAAUGCGAUGCUAUUUUUUACGAGGUUAUUCCCUAAAUAUUACUCCUACUAAAUUAAGGCUGAUUUUCAAGAAUGUGAUCAUUUUUACAUUUGGACAAGAAUGUGACUAAAAUAAUUUGACAGUCAAAUAUUCAUGUCAAUGCUCCAUUUUCAUGUCAUUGUCGGAUGUCACUGCCGCCACCGCCCGUGUCAAUGUCAGCCGCCCUGUGUCGCCGCCGCCAGCCAGCCAUAGUGACACCUCUUUAGCGACAACUUUACAGUGGCAUUUUCUGUAGUGAUAUCUCCACCAACCUCUGCCCACAAUGACAUCUUCGUCGUUCGGCCACCGUCGCUAAUGGUCACAAUGAUACAAAAUUACUCCGGCGACCGCCCUCCGAUUAGUUAACAUCGCCUUCCCGACGGUGACCACCUCUCCCCAACCCCUGCACCACCACCACUGCCCUGCCCUCACACCACCUUCAUUGCCCCCCACUAUCAUCCCCACACCACUGCAACCAUCACCCACCCAAUCUAGUGGUCCGACCCUCCCAGUUGCCGCCGCACCGGUGGUGACUGCCCUCCCAUCCCCUUGAAGCAAACCAACCCUUCCCUAGACCUAACCCUCUCUUCAGCAUCCCCAAUCGUCACACCCCAUCCCACAACCAUAGCCGCCCAAAUCAACCUCACCACCGCCCCCACCCAACCUUAAUGCCGCCCAAUUCAACCAUACCACUAGGAUUUGAAAUCUCACAUUGACAUGGAUGAGGCAGCGCACGAGCAAAAAAGGAGAAAGUGAGCAGGGACAGGCUUGGCAAGGCCUGUGGCGGAGCAUGGCGAGGUUGGAGACGGAGGUGAUGCUUUUAUGCCUAGGGCGAAGGACUUUCUAUGUGUUUCCAUGGAGCUGCAAGCCUGCAACGAGAUAGAAAGAUGAUCUGGGAUGUGUAGAUCUGGGCCGUUCUCACGUGGAAGAUAGUUCUUCAGACCUCUGGACUACCCAACUGCACGCCUUCCCAGAACUCAACUACCGGCCAGUUUGGUGUGGUAGACAGAGAGCGACGGCUAUAACAUCGCACAAGCUCAGUUAGUUGCUGCCUCGGCGAAAGACCGAUCAUCUUUUCCGUGCAGAUUUGCCUGCUACACUCUUCUUCAAUCUUGAUACGUGAGUCUUUCUUUUAUCAUCAGCUCAUCGCAUUGCGCUAAUCCGUACGGUUAGAUAGGUAUAUUGGUGUACGUUGAGAGCAUUGAUAUAGCACAGAGUAAUGGGACCCAAGAGGCGCAGCAAGGCUGAUACCGCUAAAUCCUCUGGUUCUCCCGCUGAUGAACUCGACUCGGUAACUGUAUAUGAUUCAGAGGGCACUGAUUCAGCGUCUUAUGCGAGCAUUAAGGUUGAGUGUGAGAAGGCGUUAAGCUCCCUGAGCAGGGGUACCCAUACCAAAGCCCUAAAGGCGAUGAAGGACUUGUGUGUGAAGCACGAUAGAUCGCCUUAUGCUGCUUUGGUUCACCGGGUCCAUGGCACCGUUUGCCAGAAAGUGGCCUCUCUAAUCGGUGACCCCAAAGUGAAAAAUAGGCAUAUGAAGAAUGCCAUCGAGUCUGCCAAGAAAGCCACAAUCAUGUCCCCUAACUCAAUCGAAUUUGCACAUUUCUAUGCCAACUUGUUGUAUGAAGUGGCCAAUGAAGGAAAUGAGUACGAGGAGGUUGUUCAAGAGUGCGAGAGGGCAUUGGCAAUAGAGAGCCCAAUUGAUCCAGGAAAGGAAAGCUUACAGGAGAGUCAAUUGAAGCUACCCACUCCUGAGGCUCGGAUUAAACAUGUAGAGAAUGAAAUUAGGAAUUUGAUUCAGAAAUCCAACAUUGCUUCCAUAUCCACUUGGAUGAAACAUCUGGGCAAUGGGGAUGAGAAGUUCAGGUUGAUACCAAUAAGGAGGGUGCCUGAGGACCCGAUGGAAUUGAGUUUGGUACAGUCAAGAAGGCCCAAUGAGAUUCAGAAGGCAACUAAAACACCUGAGGAUAGAAGGAAGGAGAUUGAAGUUCGAGUGGCUGCAGCAAGGGUAUUGAUGAAUAAGUCAAAAUCUGGCCAGUCACUAAACGAAGGAGACAAGGGCUUGGAUCCCGCUACAGGGUUAGGGCAUAGGGGGAGUGAGAGAAGGAAGAGCGGAACCACGAGGAAGAAGGCAUCUUCCACGGAUAGAUGUGGCUGGGUGCAGUCUUAUUGGAAUUCUAUGAGUAUGGAUAUGAAGAAGGAGUUGCUUAAAAUUAGGAUUUCUGAUCUCAAGAUUCAUGUCAGUUCUUUGAAGGAUGGAUUGUCAAGUCAGAUGUUUUCUGAAGCUUUACAUUUCUAUGAAACUUAUAAAACUUGGAAGUUUUGGGAGUGUUGUAAAUGCGCUGAGAAAUUCACAGACCCUGGAAUGCACAUUCAGCAUGUCAGGCAUGAGCACAUGGGGGAUUUGGCACCUAAACUUCAAUUAGUUCUGCCUGAAAAUGUCGGCAAUGAGUGGACCAAGGAGCUUCUAAACUUCCAUUGGAAACCAUUCGAUCUUAGUGCAACCACAAAAAUGCUUGAGAAAACCUUAAAACCUCAAGAGUGUGAGAAUGGAGUGGAUCAAACUAAAGAAGAAUUCUCCAAUGCCUACUCGCAUGAUGAAUCAGGUCUCUUACCUGGAAAGAAGUAUUUGAUUGAUGGACACAGAAAUACUGCUAUUGAAAGGAGAGAGUACGAGAAGACCUCAGAUGUUGAACUCAUUAAAUUUGAUGGUGAUGGAGGCCCUGAUGUAUGGCCUAUGUCUGAUGACCCAGACCGUGCCAAAUUACUUGAAAGGAUACAGACUGCAUUCCAAUCACUUAUUAUAAAUAAAUGCCUUGCUUCAAGUCAUCUACACAAGAUUACGAGUUUUGCAGCAGAGGAGCUAAAGGGUCAUUAUGGUUCUCAGAUGCUUAACUGCAAUAUCAAUCAAGUUCCAUCAUGCAUUUGUUUUUUGCGUUGCAAAGAUCUUAUGAAGGUACUAAAAUAUCUACAGGAGAUAUCUCAAAGUUCUGGCACUACUAGACACUCAGAGAGAAAUGAUGGUAUAGAAGACACAAAUGGUGGGACUACAGGUGCUGAUGCUAUGGAGAGAAUAGUUUUAAGUGAAGACUGUUCAUAUUUAUUGUUUGAUGAGCAUUUCCUGCCCCUCAAUUGUGUUGACAGUAGGCUUCAUAAUGCGGUCAGUGAUGAUAAAAUUCCCGCGCUUUCAUGUAAUAUACCAUAUGAUCACAGCAUUUUGCUUGAUUCAAAUGCAUUUUUGUCUUGGAUGUUCAUGGGACAAACAAGUGGCGAGCAAUUGGAGAAUUGGUCACGUUUAAGGGAGGAGAACGCUCAACAAGGAUCCGAAAUUCUUAGAUUGCUCGAGGUGGAAUUUCAUGAACUCCGGGUACUCUGUGAAAGAAAAUGCGAGCUAUUGAGUUACGAGAAGGCUGUGAAGGCCGUGGAAGAUUUCUGCAUAGAAGAGGGUAAUAAAAGAGCUCAUGUAACUGACUAUGUCCCCCAAAGCUAUAAUGUUAUUUUGAAGAAGUGGCGAGAAGAGUUUGAAAACCACCAAGGUGAUGCAAAUAUAGGUCAUAGGAUCGAAGUGAAAGUCAUUUCAAAUGUUCUAAAUGAUGCGGAGUCUCUUAAUGUCACUCAAUUUGGAUACGGGGAAACUUACAGUGAUAUGACGUCUCAUCUUUCUGACUUAGAAUUGGGUGAAAAUGAUGAUUGGAGGUUGAAGGACUUCCUUCACCAGGCUGACUCAUGUGUAGAAGUUGCAAUUCAGAGACAGAAAGAACGAUACUCAACUGAGCUGAGCAAAAUUGAUGGAAGAAUCCUUUGUGUUCAAAAUGGGGUGCGUCUUUUGGAAUCGAAGCUUGAGCCUAUAUCUGGCAAUGAUUAUAGGCGGGUAUUAGGGCCCCUGAUGAAGUCAUUUCUGCGGGCUUACUUAGAGGGUUUGGCGGAGAAAGAUGCCACUGAAAAAUCUGAUGCUGCAAGAGAAGCAUUCCUGGCAGAGCUUGCCCUUGAUUCAGAGAAGAAUUCAGGUGGAGGAAAUGAUAAUUUAAAACAUGCAACUGAAAAGACAAAAGAAAAAAAAAGAAACAAGGACUAUCGAAAAAGCAAGGGUGCAAAGGCUUCCACUGGAACUAUGCAGCCCAUUCAUGACCACGAGACUUCUCAAUGCAUUUCUUCUCGAGGUGUUAAUGAUAAGGAAAAUGAAGGGGGUGAACUUUUAAUUGUUGGAAGCAAAGAUUCUCCAUCUCUGGAGGAGUGCAAGCUAGGAAAUAUGCUUGAAGAAGAGGAAAGAAAGCUCGAAGAGACAUUGGAGUACCAAAGGAAAAUUGAAAAUGAGGCUAAACUCAAGUAUCUUGCCGAGGAACAUGAGGUAGUUGGAACAGCACUUUCAGAGAAGAUGCCUGCAGAAGUAGUACCUGAUGCUUAUUCGAGAUACAAGGAAGAUCAAGAUGCAAGUGAGCAAGGGAAAAAUAACGCCAAGGAUUCAAUGUUUCCAACAGAUGAAUCUCCUGACAUUUUGGAAGGUCUUCUAAGGAGCACUGCUGAUGUUGAUGCAAAUGGAGCGGAGAAUCAGAAUGAAGGAAUGCUUGAAGCUGAACCUGCAGUUUCUGAUCAGACUGGAAGAAAGAGUAGGCGCCAGAAGGGAUUGAAAAAAGAUUAUGAAGGAAAGUAUCGAACUGUUUCUUCUGGUGCAGAUAAAAACAUUGUCAGUAGACUGAUGUCAUUUGAAAAUUUGCAAGGGAUGAUAUCAAAGUCUGUACAAGGUUAUUCUGGAGAGUUACCCAUUGAAGGGGCCACUGAAACAGCCGUAGUUAAUGUAUAUGGGACAGGGCUGCAGAAUGAAAUUGGGGAAUAUAAUUGCUUCUUGAAUGUCAUUAUCCAGUCAUUGUGGAAUUUAAGCCACUUUCGAGAUGAAUUUUUGAGAUCAUCAUCGAAUCACGUUCAUAUUGGCGAUCCUUGUGUUACAUGUGCUUUAUAUGGCAUUUUUACUGCUCUUUGUUUGGACACGCAAAGAGAAGCGGUUGCUCCUACCUCAUUGAGGACUGCUUUGAGCAACCUAUACCCUGAUAGCAAUUUCUUCCAGGAGGGGGAGAUGAAUGAUGCUUCAGAAGUACUAGAUGUAAUAUUUGAUUGCCUUCAUCAGUCGUUUACUUCAGAUUUGGGUUCUUCUGAGACAAAAUCAACAUCUAGGCGCUUGGACUCCUGGGAUUGUACUAACAGUGCUUGUAUUGUGCAUUCUAUUUUUGGAAUGGAUAUCUUUGAAAAAAUGCUCUGCCCCAAAUGCAAACUAGAAUCUAGACAUCUGAAAUAUACUGCUUUCUUUCACAAUAUUAAUGCUAAUGCAUUGAGAAUGACAAAGGUUAAGCAUCAAGAAAGCUCAUUUGAUGAACUUAUGAAUCUUGUCGAGAGGAACCACCAGUUGUCUUGUGAUCCAGAUGCUGGUGGGUGUGGGAAACAUAACUUCAUUCACCAUUUCUUGUCAACUCCACCACAUGUUUUCACAAUAGUUCUAGGAUGGAAGAAUACUUGUGAGAGUCUUGAUGACAUAAGAGCAACAUUGGCAGCCAUAUCUACUGAGAUUGACAUUAGUGUCCCUUACCAUGGUUUAGAUCCAAACAACAGAUAUAGCCUAGCCUCAGUAGUUUGCUAUUAUAGACAGCAUUAUCACUGUGUUGCUUAUAGCCGUCAUCAUGAGAAGUGGAUAAUGUAUGAUGACAUGACUGUGAAGGUGAUUGGCAGCUGGGAUGAUGUUCUCAUGAUGUGUAUAAAGGGGCAUUUGCAACCUCAAGUCUUUUUCUAUGAAGCUGCAAACUAACUUUGCGUGGUCGGGUCUUGGGGAAGCUUUGAUCCUGGCUCGUGAGCUGUAUAAUCCUUGUAUACCCACAAAUUUGUAAAUGUCAAAAGGAAUUUUACAGAAAGCGAAACAGUCUAGAAUCAGUUAGCAUAUUGAAGAGAAAAGAGAAAUUGGAGUUAUUGGCCUGGAAGGUAAAAUCACAGACAAUCAAUCUGUGAUCGUAGUUGUAUCACUUGUAUACUUGUCUGGAUUGCUUCUUCAAUGAUCAAAUUUUGGGAAAUAAGAAAGGAAAAAAGGCCUUUGUAUAGAUAUAUUGAUGAGGGCUGUAGUUUUUUUUUUAAUACAAAAUCAGGUUUUGUAGGCUGUAGUAGGGACUAGGGAGAAAAAAUUGUGUGGAAUUUUAAUAGUUAGCUCUUGUAUUUUCAUGUACGUGAAUUGUGGAAAUAAUACGGAGUAAUAUGAUAGUGAUGAACUGUUCGAAACUGGCCUUGAUGAU